GUCUGGGGUGGCAGGCAGAGUUGGGCUGCGCGCGGCGAUAGUUGCAGUUUCAGAAGCGGCCGCGAUUCAGCGUCAAAAUGGGCGAAACAGAGAAGCAAGCCAGCGGGUCUGGUUCGACCUCUACAAAGAAGGGUCUGCUGGAGCGUCUCCGAGACGGUGUGGUGAUCGGAGACGGCGGCAUGAUCUGUGAGAUGGAGAAGCGGUGUUAUGUGCAAACCGGUUACUGGACACCAGAAGUCUGCGUGAUGUACCCGGAGGCAGUGAAGGGGCUGCACCGGGAGUUCGCUCGUGCGGGCUGCGACGUGCUGCAGGCGCUCAACUUCUUCGCCAAUGAGAGCCUCAUGAAAGAACUGGGGGUGACGCAGACGGUCCAGGAGGUGAACAGAGCCGCCGUGCGGCUGUGCCGAGAGGUGGCUGAGGAGCGGGGUCAGCUCAUCACGGCUUCUCUGACGGCCACGCCCGUCUUCGAGAGCGGAUCGAAGGAUGAGGUGAUGGCCGCGUACAGAAGCCAGCUCAAGAUGAUCACCGAGGAGGGCGUCGACUUCAUCAUGUGCGAGUGGCUGUUUGACAUCCGUGAGAUGGAGUGCGCGAUAGCGGCGGCCCGCGAGACCGGCCUGCCGGUGGUGGCCUGCAUGACGAUCGGCACGCGUGGCGACGUUCAGGGCGUCACUCCAGAAGAGUGCGCCCUCCGCAUGGCCAGGGCCGGCGCGGAUGUCGUGGGCAGCAACUGCGCGGUGGGUCCUCGCAACACGCUACAGACGCUGCGGAAGAUGAGGCUGGCCCUGGAACAGGCCGGACUGAAGCCUUACCUCAUCGCCCAGCCGAUUGGCCUCAAGACGCCCAAGAACGGGGAGACCAUGCUGGAGAGCCCACAAUGGCCGCUUGCAUGCGAGCCGGUGACCAUCUCUCGGUUUGAGGCGCACCUGUUUGCCAGGGAGGCUUACGAGGAAGGCAUCAGGUACAUCGGCGGCUGCUGUCACAUCCGCUCCUACCACACCAGGGCGAUGGCGGAGGAGCUGGCGGAGGAGCGGGGCUACCUGCCGGAGGGCGCCUCUCGGCUGGGCUCCUGGGGCGGCGGCCUGGACCGGUUCUCACACCCCAAGGUGCAGACCCGGGUGGGGCGCAGUCACUGGGCGCACACGCAGCCGGACCAUGAAGCCAUCAGCACUCAUUCUCCGGCCGAAUACUUCGCCGACUGGCGUCAGGGAACGUCCGCUUGAAGCCAGGCUGGGGUGGACGGGCGUCAGGCGUCUCCAAUCUGGGAGGCGCCUGACGUGGUCUCCAAACUUGGAGACCACAGUCUCCAAGUUUUCGCCUGCAAGACCAUGGCUGUAACCACUAGGAGGCUGAAGGACACGUCCCAGAUUUUUCCACAGAUGAGAUUUUGUUCGCUCCAAUUCUGCCCGUAGAAGAAAGGUUUUAUAUUUUUAAAGUCGAAAAGACAUUUUCUGGUCAGUUUGACCGCUUUGUUCCUGGUUUUUCCCUCAAUCUCAAAGACGUGGUUACGCUCACAGCUCAUGAAGUCAGCCCAUAACAGACAGGUGUAAGAUCCACUUGCUGCUUGCGGUCAUCAGAUUGAAAAGGCCGAGUGAGUCAAGAGGGGCUCGAUUUGUGGACGUUCCUUUCGAGAGCUUUUGGGUUAGGUGGAGCAGUUAGGGCAGAGUUGCUGGCCAGCACUGCAUAGCAGCGUUUUAGUUGCGGUGAUGCUUUUUCUGUCUGAGGAAGUUUUGGGGUAAUGUUAGAGCUUGAAACUUUUAGCAGGCAGCGUUUUAAGCCUUUUCCCUAGUUAUUUUUUCAUCCGGCUACUCGGGUGAAGAUUUGAGUUUAUACGCGUCUAGUGCUGCCGUAUUUCAACGGGAAAAGCUAUGGUGAUCGCUAUUUUGAACACACUUGGAAUAAGCACUUUUCCAAAGUGCAGUUAUCGAGAAAGUUAGUGGAAUCUGCAACAUACCCUGCAGUUGCAGGAUAAAUUCCUUGCAGAUACUGCGUAACCAGGGCACAAUGAAGAGAAGUGCAAUGCUAAUACAAGAACUGCUCAAUCUACGCCUUGUCAUGUGUUUGGUGCUCAGUGAGAUGGAAACAAUUUAGGGCUAGGAUGUCCCCGCUACUGCGUGCGUCAUAGUGACACGGCGAAGCUUGGUUUGCGGCGGGGAAGGCGUGUGCGAUGACGAGGAAAGGAAUAAAUGUGGCAACUAUGA